AUGUCCGCAGACAAGAAGAUCAACGUGGGAAUCAUCGGUUAUGGUCUGAGUGCAAAGGUCUUCCACAUCCCGUUCAUCCAGGCUCUUCCAGACUACAACUUGUAUGCUAUUGUACAACGUAGCCCAAAGUCAGGCGAUGACGCCUCGGCCGAUCAUCCCGAGAUCAAGCUGUUCCGCAGUGCCGACGACUUGUUCGCUGACAAGGCUGUGGAUCUGAUCAUUGUCACCAGUAUCCCGAAAACACACUACGAGUUUACGAAGAAGGCAAUCGAGAGCGGCAAGCACGUCGUUGUCGAGAAGCCAUUCGUUCCGACAUCCAAGGAGGCCAGAGAACUGACCAAGCUGGCCAAGGAGAACAACCGCCUGCUAGCAGUCUACCAAAACAGACGAUGGGAUCAGGAUUUUGUUACUCUGAAGCAGAUACUGGCUUCAGGAAAGCUGGGCGAGAUUGCCGAGUUUGAAACGCACUUUGACCGCUUCCGUCCCGANUCCCCCACUCGCACUACAUGGAAGACUCUGGCUACUCCAGCCAGUGGCGCGCUCUACGAUCUUGGAAGUCAUCUGAUCGAUCAAGUCUACCACCUCUUUGGAGCCCCGAAAUCUGUCACUGGCUUCGUUCAAGUGCANAAAAAGGGACUCAAGACUGGUGACUGCGCGCCGGACGCAUGCACGGUAUUGCUUAAGUACGGGUCUCCCGAGGAUGAGAUGCUCGUCACUGUCAAGAGCUCUGCCAUCAGCCCAGAGCAAGACCAGCUGAGAUUUUGGGUCCGUGGAACCAAGGGCUCGUUCAAGAAGUAUAACCUGGACGUGCAAGAACCUCAGCUUCUCGCUGGUGUCAAGUUGAGCAAUUCUGAGUUUGGAGUUGAGCCCUCGUCCUCUCAUGGUACGCUCACAGUGGCUGCUGCCGACGGAAAGUUCAACCGCGAGACUGUGCCUUCCAUCGAGCCACCNCCUACUUACGUCGAGUACUACCGUAUCCUUGCUAAGGCAUUGAAGGGUGAGGGUGAGGUUCCCGUCAGCGGAGAUGAUGCUGCGGAUGUGCUAAAGAUCAUUGAGCUCGCUCAGGCCUCAUCAGACAGCGGAAACUCCCAAUCAUGGUAA